AUGCUAGCAACCCCCGCCAUGCCCUUCCAGCAGCCCCCCAGUUUCCUUCCUCAAACCGUUCCGGCCCCGCAGGCAACCGCUCAUUUCACCCUGUCCACAGCCAACCCCGCCGUCCGUCAUCCCAAUACUUUCGCUUCCCGCCCUUCUCCAGUUCCGGCCAACCUGCGUAAGCAAAUAAUCGAUGGUAACUACAUCAAUCUUGCACUCCUCCUCAUGCCUUCCCUCCACCAACCACCCGCAGACAAACAGCUCCAAGACCAGGAAGGGUGUCCCCCCCCGAGAGGAAAGUCAUCCACCCUCUCCAAAGAGCUUACACCCACAGAAUUCGCAUAUGCGUUCUCUCUCUACAGAGACGUCAUGUGCGCCUCGUUUCCUUUACGUCGCCAGGAACUGGACGACUAUCUUUCCAACAUCCUCAAUCUGGCCCUCCGCUUCGGAGGAAACGGUUUCUAUCUCUAUCACAUCCACUUCGCUUCGGAAGCGGCAGCUCGCCUCCAGCAGUUUAAUGAAGCCACAUACUGGGGCACACUAGAUACCGAGCUUUAUUGCCGCAUCUUCGCCGCCCGCACAGCCUUAACAUGUUCCUUGUGCGGUGCCGCUUCACACCCAGCUUCAUCCUGCUCCAUUCCCGCCCACGCCGGGCCUCAUUCCACCCGAGCGAGACCGUCAGCUUUCUCCCAUUUGUCUUCAGCAGCGCCGCCACCACCCCUACUCCCUAAGCACACACCAUCCAACCCAUCCGUCAGCAUUCCCGUUACCAAGGGCAUCGAUGCCAGAGGCAGGCCCAUAAUGCAUCAGGGAGGCCGCUCCAUCUGCAACAAUUUUAAUGACACCGGCUGCCACAUGUCCCAGUGCCGCUUCCUCCACGUCUGCUCUUACUGCGGCGGCGGACACGCCCGCCCCGCCUGCCCGCACAACCCAACUUCGCAGAAACUAGGUGAGCAUCUCUCCACACCCAUCAACAUUCCCGCUCUAGGGGUGGCACUUCGUAACCACCCCAAUCCGUGCUUCGUUAAGUUCCUCGUCAAAGGGUUCAGUGAAGGUUUCCACCCCGGCAUCAUCUCAUCUCCAUCCUCAUCUUACGAAUGCAAAAAUCUACUGUCCGCCAUAAACGAGCCGGAGUCAGUCGAUCGCUUGCUCGCCAAGGAAGUCAAAGAAGGCUUCAUGAUCGGCCCGUUCCCUCAUCCCCCCUUCCCGAACUUUCGAAUCAGCCCCCUCGGCAUUACAACCAGGAAAUACUCAGGAAAGAAACGUAUCAUCGUCGAUCUCUCAGCGCCCCAUGGAAGUUUCAUCCCAAGCAUCAAUAGCUUGAUUCCAAGCGAAGACUUCUCCCUUCACUACGCCACCAUCAACCACGCCAUCGCCCUCAUUAAACUCGCCGGGAAAGGCUCGUGGCUCUCAAAAGCGGAUAUCACCAGCGCUUUCAAGGUUCUUCCUAUUCACCCAGACUUCUGGCAAUACUUCGGCGUCCGCUGGCGAGGUGCAUACUACUUCGCAGUCAGGCUCACCUUCGGCUGCAAGAGCAGCCCCAAACUUUUCGAUACCUUUUCAGAGGCCCUCUGCUGGAUCCUCUCCAACAACCACGGCAUUCCUUUCCUCGUCCAUCUCUUGGACGAUUUCCUCGUCAUUACCCCUCCCUCAUCGCCACCCGCUUCUGGCUUGGUCACCCUGACUUCCGUCUUCUCCGAACUCGGGGUUCCAUUGUCCGCCGAGAAAACAGAGGGCCCCUCCACUUCCCUCGAAUUCCUCGGAAUCACUCUCGACACAGAUCUCUUUCAGGCUUCUCUUCCAACCGAAAAGCUCAACCGUAUCAGUCUUCUCAUUUCCAAUUUCCUCUUAGCCCCAGGCUGCACCAAACGCCAACUCCUCUCUCUCCUAGGCCACCUCAAUUUCGCCAUGCGCAUUAUUCCCCAAGGGCGGGCCUUCAUCUCCCACUUGCUAUCCAUCGCUUCCGCCGUUCCAUCUCUCUUGUCUCCCAUCUCCCUAGACAACUCGAGUCGUGCCGAGCUUCGUUUGUGGCUCAACCUCCUUGCCACCUGGAAUGGGAUCACUUUCUUUUAUGAUGACCAACUGGCUCACCCCCACGAUAUCAAUCUUUACACCGAUGCCGCCCCUUCAAUCGGUUUUGGGGGUUUCUACGACGGCAGAUGGUUUGCAGCAGGAUGGCCCCCAGAGCUCGCAAACGAACACUACACGGCUUCUUCCGCUCUCUACGAGAUCUAUCCCAUUUCAGUGGCCGCCAUUCUCUGGGGCCACGAAUGGACCCGCAAGUCCAUUCUCAUCUACUCAGACAACCUUGCAGUAGUCGACAUAAUCAACAAAGGACGCUCAAACUCCUCAUCCAUCAUGCCCUUCAUGCGCCGCCUAGUCUGGCACUCGGUCAUACAUCAAUACAUCCUCCGUGCAGCACAUGUCCCCGGUCACUCCAACACCAUCGCUGACUCUCUUUCCCGUUUCUCAUUCCAGAAAUUCAGAAGCUUGGCCCCACAUGCGGAUCCUUCUCCAACACCGGUUCCUCCUUAUUCUGCUUUGACCUUCAACGUGUAA